AUGUCUAUCGUGGUCUCUCUUGGCACAACGCUCAAUCUAAGCUGGAGAUAGAGGAAUCUGAAGAACAACCCGAAUGAUCCGAAUUCAGUUGCUAUAUAUCCCUCAAGUAGAGAUGCUUCCUUGAAUCUUUGCGUGUGUUGUUUCUUUUCAUACAACUACUAUAUCUUUGUUUCGAUUCUAGGAGCAAUUAAAUAAAUGAAAUUUUUUGGUUGAUACCUUCACUGAAUUUGUAAUGUGGUUAUGAGAGUUCCGUAAUAGCAAAAGAACCAACUUUUCCUACAA